AUGGCGCUCGUCGACCUCUACACGCAGUACAACAGAGUUUGGAUCCCUGAUAAUGAAGAGGUUUGGCAACCUGCGGAAAUUACAACAAACUAUAAGACCGGUGACCAAAUACUUCACCUACAACUAGAAGAUGGCAUGGAAUUAGAUUAUCCAGUCGAUCCCAGCGCUUUGCCUCCUUUGCGAAAUCCAGACAUACUUGUGGGCGAAAAUGAUCUCACCGCACUUAGCUAUCUUCAUGAGCCUGCUGUCCUACACAAUCUCAAAGUCCGCUUUGUGGAGUCCAAGCUGAUUUAUACCUAUAGCGGAAUAAUUUUAGUUGCAAUAAACCCUUACAAACAGCUGCCAAUAUAUGGAGAUGCCAUUAUCCAUGCCUAUAGUGGUCAGAAUAUGGGGGAUAUGGAUCCGCACAUAUUUGCUGUGGCAGAAGAAGCUUACAAGCAAAUGGCAAGGAAUAACAAGAAUCAAUCUAUUAUUGUCAGUGGAGAAUCAGGAGCUGGGAAAACAGUUUCUGCGAGAUAUGCUAUGAGAUACUUUGCUACGGUCAGUAGGUCUAGCAGCAAUGCGCAAGUAGAGGAUAAAGUGCUGGCAUCCAAUCCAAUUACAGAGGCUGUUGGUAACGCUAAAACCACACGCAAUGACAAUAGCAGUCGCUUUGGAAAAUACACAGAAAUCAGUUUUGAUAAGCAACACCAGAUCAUUGGUGCCAAUAUGAGAACAUACCUGCUUGAGAAAUCCAGAGUGGUCUUUCAGUCAGAGAAUGAAAGAAAUUACCAUAUAUUUUAUCAGUUGUGUGCAUCAGCUCAGAGACCAGAAUUUAAACAUCUUAAGCUGGCAAGCGCUGAAGAAUUUAAUUACACUAAGAUGGGUGGAAACACUGUGAUUGAAGGAGUGGAUGACAACACCAACAUGAUGGAGACUCAGAAGACAUUCUCCCUGCUAGGGCUUAAGGAAGAUUUCCAGAUGGAUGUUUUUAAAAUAUUGGCAGCCAUUCUACAUUUGGGCAACGUCCAGAUAACUUCUGUCAGUGAUGAAAGAUCUUCUAUUAGCCUGGAUGAUAAACAUCUUAACAUAUUUUGUGAACUACUGAAUUUGGAAAGUGACAAAAUGGCACAAUGGCUGUGCCACAGGAAAAUUAUCACUACUUCCGAGACUGUAGUAAAACCAAUGACAAAACUUCAAGCUCUUAACGCUCGUGAUGCUUUGGCAAAAAAGAUCUACUCUCAUCUUUUUGAUUUCAUUGUGGAACGAAUUAACAAGGCAUUGACGUUUUCUGGUAAACAGCACACUUUUAUAGGUGUUUUGGACAUCUACGGAUUUGAAACUUUUGAUAUGAAUAGCUUUGAACAGUUUUGCAUCAAUUAUGCCAAUGAAAAACUACAGCAGCAGUUCAACCUGCAUGUCUUUAAACUUGAACAAGAAGAAUACAUGAAAGAAAAUAUCCCAUGGACACUAAUUGACUUUUAUGACAACCAACCUGUCAUCGACCUUAUUGAAGCUAAAAUGGGCAUUUUAGAACUAUUGGAUGAAGAAUGCUUGUUACCUCAAGGAACUGAUGAAAACUGGCUCCAGAAGUUAUAUAACAAUUUUAUAAACAAGAACCCACUUUUUGAAAAGCCGAGGAUGUCCAAUUCUUCUUUUAUAAUCCAGCACUUUGCUGAUAAGGUGGAGUACAAAAGUGAAGGAUUUUUGGAAAAAAACAGAGACACAGUAUAUGAAGUAUUGAUUGAAAUCUUGAAAACCAGCAAGUUUCAACUUUGUGCAAACUUUUUUCAAGACAGUCCAGUGCCUAUUUCCCCAUUCAGCUCUGCGAUCAAACUUAAGUCUGCAAAAAUCGUGAUCAAACCACCUAAUAAACAGUUCCGUACAACUGUGGGCAAUAAGUUCCGGAGUUCCUUAUAUUUAUUAAUGGAAACGCUUAAUGCAACCACACCUCACUAUGUGCGAUGCAUAAAACCGAAUGAUGAGAAGUUAGCAUUUGAGUUUGACUCCAAGAGAGUGGUUCAGCAAUUGCGAGCAUGCGGAGUUUUGGAAACAAUUCGCAUUAGCUCUCAGAGUUAUCCAUCUAGGUGGACUUACAUUGAGUUUUACAGUCGUUACAGCAUUCUCAUGUCUCAGCAUGAACUUUCUCUAACCGAUAAGAAACAAAUUUGCAAGAUUGUUCUGCAAAGGCUAAUCCAGGACCCGAGCCAGUAUCAGUUUGGCAGAACAAAAAUUUUCUUCAGAUCGGGGCAGGUUGCUUAUUUGGAAAAGUUGCGGUCAGAUAAAUUGAGGCAAGCAUGUAUCGUGAUUCAAAAGAAUAUCCGAGGCUGGCUGCAGCGGAAGAAAUUCCUCUGUAUUCGAAAAGCAGCGGUUACGAUACAGCAGUACUUCCGAGGACAACGAACUGUACGAAAAGCCAUAACUGCAACUGCCCUAAAAGAAGCGUGGGCUGCUAUCAUGAUCCAGAAAUACUGCCGAGGAUAUUUGGUGCGUAGACUUUGUCAGCUCAUCCGCGUGGCUGCUUUGACAAUCCAGGCUUUUACCCGAGGAUUUCUAGCAAGGAAGAAAUACAGAAAGAUGCUUGAAGAACAGAAGGCAUUAGUCCUCCAGAAAUACGCCCGGGCUUGGCUCGCUAGACGUAGAUUCCAGAGUAUUCGCCGUUUUGUGUUGAACAUCCAGCUUUCGUACAGAGUACAGCGACUACAGAAGAAACUGGAAGACCAGAAUAAGGAAAAUAAUAACCUUUUGGAAAGAUUGACCACUCUAUCCUCAAAUCACUCCAACGAUGUUGAAACAAUUCAGAAGCUUCAACUGGACCUUGAAAAAUUAGCCGGGCAGAAGAAAAUAUAUGAAGAAAAGGAGAAGAAGCAUAAGGAUAGCUAUGAACAGAGGGUUUCAAAACUUGAAAAUCACAACACAGAGCUCCAAGAACAUAAGAAGCAGCUAGAAAAGGAGCUUCAAGAGAAAACUGAGGAAAUGAAAGAUAAAAUGGAUGAUCUGACAAAACAACUCUUUGCCGAUGUUCAAAAAGAAGAAAGGCAACGAAUAAUACUUGAGAAAAACUUCCAGGGCCAGAAACAAGAUUAUGAAAAAAAGAUGGAGUUGCUCAAGGCAGAAAUAAAAUCGCUCAAAGAUGAAAAUGAUCAGCUCCAAAAUCAAGUUCGGGAAAAACAACAAGUUCAGGAUGGCUUAAAAAUGGAAGUAGAAGAACUUACAAACCAAGCAAAGACAAUCCCUGAACUGCAAAAAGAAAUUGAACUCAUUCAGAGUCAAAAACUGGAUCUGGAGAAGCAAUUACAGUACCAGAAGCGGGAAAUGAGAGACAAGAUGUCGGACAUUACGAGGCAACUUCGUGAGAGCUAUGACUUUGCAGAUGUAAGGAGCAGAUUGUCUGCUGAAGAUUUCGAACAUUUAAAUGAAGAUGGGGAGCUCUGGUUUGCCUACGAAGGCCUGAAAAAAGCCACGAGAGUAUUGGAAAAUCAUUUUCAGUCGCAGAAAGAGAACUAUGAAAGGGAGAUAGAAGGUCUCAGUUCUAAAGUUGAACAUCUUAGUCAAGAAAUAAACCACUUACAGAAGCUGUUCAGGGAGGAAAAUGACAUAAAAGACAGCAUCCGACUUCAAGUUGCCCGACUAACCUCAGAAAACAUGAUGAUCCCAGAUCUUAAGCAGCAGAUUUCUCAGCUUCAGAAGCAGAAGAUGGAUCUUGAAAACUGUCUUCAAGAUGAAGCUGCAAAGAAUAAAGAGAAAAUGGAGGAAAUGGUAGAUCUGUUGUAUCAUAACGUUGAAGAGGAAGGAACACAAAGAAGAGCAUUACAAGUUCAAAAUGAAAUAUACACUAAGGAAAAAGAAAAGUUGAUGGCUACAUUUCAAGAUCAUAAGGGGACAAAUGAUUACAUGGAAAAACAACUUGAGAGAGAGAAUGAAACCAAGAACAAAAUAUGGCAGGAUGUGGCAUACCUUACUAUGGAAAAUACGGAUCUAGAGGAAGAGCUGGAUAAGAAGGACAGAUUAAUAAAGAAACUUCAAGAUCAGAUCAACACCCUUAGGAAGUCUAUAGAAACCACCAAUGAAGUGCCCAUGACAUCCAUGAUGAAAGAAUACAUUGGAAUGUUGCAGUACAGAAAGGAAGAUGAAGCAAAAAUUGUUCAGAACCUGAUUCUUGAUCUGAAACCCCGUGGAGUGGUGGUAAAUAUGAUACCAGGGCUUCCAGCUCACAUCCUCUUCAUGUGUGUGAGAUAUGCGGAUUAUCUGAAUGAUGAUGACAUGCUGAAAACUUUCAUGAAUAUGGCGAUCAAUGGGAUCAAACAAGUAAUUAAGGAACAUGUUGAAGACUUUGAGAUGUUGUCCUUCUGGCUCUCAAAUACAUGCCAUUUUCUUAACUGUUUGAAGCAGUACAGUGGGGAAGAGGAAUUCACGAGACUUAAUACUCCACAACAAAAUAAGAACAAUCUGAAGCACUUCGAUCUGUCGGAAUAUAGGCAGGUUCUCAGUGACCUCGCCAUUCGUAUUUAUCAUCAGUUUAUUAUUGUAAUGGAGAACAAUAUUCAGCCAAUGAUAGUGCCGGGAAUGCUGGAGUAUGAAAGCUUGCAGGGGAUUUCUGGCUUAAAACCGACCGGAUUCCGCAAGCGUUCUUCUAGCAUAGACGACACAGAUGCCUACACCAUGACCUCCAUCCUGCAACAGCUCAGCUAUUUUUAUACCACGAUGUGUCAUAACGGCUUGGACUCAGAGCUUCAGAAGCAAGCUGUGAAGCAGCUUUUCUUCCUGAUUGGAGCAGUCACCCUGAACAGCCUCUUUCUCCGCAAGGACAUGUGUUCUUGUCGAAAAGGGAUGCAGAUAAGGUGUAACAUCAGCUACCUGGAAGAAUGGCUUAAAGAGAAGAAUCUGCAGAGCAGCUCUGCCAAGGAGACUUUGGAGCCUCUCUCCCAAGCAGCGUGGCUUCUUCAGGUCAAAAAGACCACAGAUGAUGAUGCCAAAGAGAUCUAUGAAUGCUGCACAUCCCUCUCUGCUGUGCAGAUAGUAAAAAUCCUCAACUCCUACACUCCUAUAGACGAUUUUGAGAAACGAGUGACACCAUCAUUUGUUCGUAAAGUGCAGGGUAUGCUGAACAACAGAGAGAAUCCUCCACAACUGAUGCUAGAUACUAAAUAUCUCUUCCAAGUGACAUUUCCUUUCACCCCCUCUCCACAUGCUCUGGAAGUAAUAGAAAUCCCCAGCAGUUUCAAACUUGGCUUCCUCACUAGAAUAUAACGAAAAAGAAUAAAUUGUAAAUUUUUCCUCUGCUUGAAGGGUAAAUGAACACACAUCCAUGUGCUUCCUCAAUCACUGUGAAGUAAACUUUUUAGCAUGGAGGUUAAUUUCGGUGGGGGGAGGGAACAUAUCUGGAAAUCAGGACUUAAGAUACGAAGUACCUGCAUAUUUUCUGCGCUACCAGAAGACCUUAAAUUGUCUUCCUUCUUCCGUUUUGUAGAGCAGACGUCAUAAUAGUUUACAGAUGUUCCAUUUUGGAUCCAGCCAUGUUGAAACUAUGGUAAUGGGUCCACAGAGGUUCUCCAUAUUACUAAAUACUUCCUGGAAUGAAGGACUCACCAGGCAGUUCUUUUCAAUAUUUUAUUACAAUAUUUGUAACACUGUUUGUAAAUUU